AUGGCGGGUGGCGGCAGGGAGCUGGGGCAUGCGGAGGACACGGUGGUGUCGUAUUGGAUGCGCUACUGCCCGCACGCCAUCCGCACGCUCGACUGGGAGCUCCUCGCCAAGGCGCACAACGGUCUGCCAUGCCCCGCGCCCCCUUCUUCCCCCGCGUCCUUCCCCCUCCCCCUCUUCCCCUCCUUCACGCCAUCCGCACGCUCGACUGGGAGCUCCUCGCUAAGGCGCACAGCGUCCGUGGUUACAUGGUGCGCCGUGGAGCAGCAGAGGCGCAGAGCGCAGGGCGCAGGGGAGGGGGGUGAAGGGGAGUGGGCGAUGGGGGUGGAUGAGUGGGGGAGAGUGAUGAUGGUGGCGGAAGGUGGGGGGCUGGAGAAGGGGAAGGGGCAUGAGGGGCAGGUGGAUGGGAAGGGGCAGAGAGCGCGGGGGCAGUUACACCAGGUGCAGCACACAAGCCGGCAUCACAGCAGUCGCCCCGGGAGAAGGAGACCCCGCAGGCUGCUGCUGCCUGUGCGCCUGCUCUCACCCUCCUCCUCACUGCACCGCACUGCACCGUUCGCCCACAUCCCCUUCGCGUCUGCUACGUCAGCAGCCAUCGCAGCUGCCACGUUGGCGUAUCGUCCGUCCUCCCCUCCUUCCUCUCCCAACUAUCUAUCUACUUCCCCUGCUCUCUUCUUCCCCUCUCCCCGCCCCUCUGCUUCCGCCCACUCCGCCCCUCCGUUCUCCGCCUCACCCCCCCACCGCCCCUCCUCCCCGCCCGUCUCUUCCCCGUCCCCCUUCCCCCGGUCGCUAUCCCCCUCCGCAUCACCAACGCCAGCGCCAGCAGCGGCGGCGACAGCAGGGGCUGCAUGCGCAGCUCGUGGCGCCCCUUCCCCCCUCCUCCUCGCGGACUCCCCUUCUUCCCCCCGCCCUCCCUCCCCCCCGCACGCCACUUGCCAAGGGGACGCGGGGGUGGGAGUAGGGGGAGAAGCAGCGCGCACAGAAGGGGGCGGACGUGCGGAAGCGGGGCUAGAGGGAGAUGCGGUGGAUCUGGAGUUGCUGCGCGCGCUCAUGGGGGGAGACGCGGGGGAUGCGGGGGAUGGGGGAGAUGGGGCGGAUGAGGGUCACGAGGGGGUUUGGGACAAGUUGGGAGAGAGAGGCUGGGGUGUUGACAUGCUGCUGCAUUUGGAGCAAGAAAGGGGGGAGUGGGAGCAUGGGGAGGUGGAGGAAGGGCGAGUGCGAGUGGUGGUGGCAGAGGGAAGUGCAGAGGAGGGGAAUGAGGAGGAGCAGGAGGAGGGGAGUGAAGGGGAGGGCGACUUGUGGCAGCAGCUGGCGGCGCUUAUGGGGGGCGCUGGGGAGAAGCGGGGCUUGGCAGUGGAAUUGGAUGAGCUGGAUGCGGUGCAGAGCGGCGUGGAGGGGCAGCAUGCAGCGGAGGCAGAGGGGCAGGAGGGGCAGGAGGAGGUUGGUGGCGGGCUGUCAUACAGGGAGAUGGCGCAGUGGCUGCUGCAGCACAGCACGGAGGUGAUCUGGCAGGGCCAAGGGGAGGGUGAGUGCGAGGAGGAGGGAGAAGUGGAGGGGGGUGAUGAGGUAGGUGCAAGGCAGGAGGUUGGGGAGGAAGAGGCGCCAGGGGAGGCAUCAGCAGAGGCAGAGGCGGUGGAGGGUUCUCAAGGCAAGGCGAGUGGUUGGGGAGGAGCCGUACUGCUGGAGCAGCCUGUGCCUGAUGCUGAGCUGGCAGGUGCUGCUGAGCUCAAAGGUGUUGCUGAGGUGGCAGGUGCUGCUGAGCUGGCAGAUGUUGCUGAGCUGGCAGGUGUUGCUGAAGCAGAAUCUGGAAGCAGCAGAAGUGGAAGUGGGGGUCGGAUGAGCAGUGUGGUGUGGGAGGUCGUGGGCGCAUGGGACCGCCUGCUGUGGGACGAUGAGCUGAGCAACGUUGCUGUCGCACCAUGUGCUGCUGCUGCCGCACCAUGUGCUGCUGCUGCCGCCACCUGUGCCGCGCCGAGCGAUGCGGCAGAGGCCGCAGCAAGCAGUGCUGUAGUGCCGUUGGGCGGCGGUUCGAACUAUGCUGUCGCACGAGAGAUGGAGGAGGGGGAGAUGGGAGGCAAGGCAAGGGCAGCGGCAGUGCUGCAACUGUGCUCGCUCUGGUCGCACCUCCACACGGACCUCAGAGAGCGAUCUCGCACCUUCCACCGCCUCUCCCUCUCCCUCUCCCUCUCCCCCUCCGGUUCCGCCGGUCCCGCCGCUGCCACUGCGAACCACUCUCUCACCAGCAGCACCGCUCUGCACCGCACGCACAGCUGCAUGGAUGCCUGGUCGCCAGAAGCAGUGUUGGUUGAGGUGGAGAGGCUGCAGAGACAGUGCAAGGCCGCGGAGAGGAGAGGCAGAGGGGGGAGGGUGGACGGGUGUGGGGAGGCAAUGGGGGUGACGUUGGAUGGGGAGGUGCAGCUGGAGGAAGCAGCCAGGAAGGAGCAUGAGCAGCGGGCGGCGGUAAUGCGGGCGGUGCGGGCGGCGAUGGGGCGUGGGGAGAGGCUGAGGCUGUACGACCAAUGGGGGGUUGACAGGUGGCAGCAGAGCCGGCUGCACACGAUAGUGUUUCAGCGGCUGUGGAAUGAGCCCAUGCGGUGUGCGGAGAGUGCAGCACUGGUCGCCAAGUUCCUUCCCUGA